AUGGAAUCGCCUGUUGUUUUAGAUAAACCGCCGGAGUAUCAUGGUAGUGAGCGUGGUUUCCCGUUUGACGAGGAGGACGGUGCAUGGAGUGAACUUGCCUCGCGACAUCCCGACAUAGCAGCGCGUCUGCGACAGCGACCAGCCACCUGGGCCAGAAAGCGAAGACCCUCCAGUCAGGACGCCACUGACGAUUUUGGUGACAGCUUCGGCGGAUUCGACAGAUUUCCAUUCGACGAUAUCCCGUCAGAGUUUAGAGAGCACUUCCCUUCACAUUGGAAUCGUAGGUUUAGUUCUCGUGAAGAACAACCGACUACGCCGACACAUCAGCAACAGCCGCCGCAGCAGCAAACCGCAGCCACACAAACAGAACCGAAACCCGGACCUUCAGACCACGAAGAGCAGCAAUUACCACAAUACGGUCUAAGGAACACGGUCGACCUCGGCCAAAAGAGCCCAGCUGAUCCUAGUUUAGUUGAUGCUGAAGAUAGAACACACAGGUCUAUGUCAGCGCCGCCAGACAACAGAUCCGCGAACAAGAUGAGUGGACAGCACCAAGACCACUCUCCCCAGCAAGAACAAUCCUCCAAUGUCCGGCAUAUUCCUAUUUUUGUCGAAGGCAGGGAUGAGCCAGUCAUCAAUAAAACAGUAGACCACGGAACCCACUUUGGCGAAACGAAGCAAACUUAUGUCCCUCCACCGCAACCUCACAUCGAUAGAGAUCAAUAUUUCGCAGACGACACCCCGCAUGGAUUCCACCAUCCGCCAAAUUUCUCAAGAACAUUCGGUACUCCGUUUAACAAAGGCUUCAGGCAAGGCCCUCAGCCUUUUAGCCAGCAAAAGAUGUAUCCACAAAACGCGUUCACGCGCGGCGCAUCGCCUCAAAGAUCUCAGUCACCGAAGCCUCAAACGCAUCCAGAGGAACCCUUCGUGAAAAUGCCGGUCUACCACGAGCAGUCUGCGCCUCAGUCCAAGCCUCAGCCUAAGCAGCCAUCUCCGCAGCGCGCAUCUCCAUCUCCCAAACCCCCUCAACAGGCUCCGCAAGCACCACCAAAACCUAAACCGCAGCCCGCUGCAAACGAUCCCAUCACACAAAUCCUUAGUAUUCAAUCCGACGUUCUAAAUCUUAUGACGGAAGUCGAAAACUUCUCUGGGACUAAAACUGAUAAAAGAUAUGUUUACCUAGAUGAGAUGUUAACUAGAAAUCUCAUAAAGCUAGACAACAUCGAAACGGAAGGCAAAGAAAAUAUACGACAAGCUAGAAGAGAGGCGAUUAAAUGUAUACAGAAAUGUAUAAAUGUUUUGGAAGCUAAAGCGGAGCAAGGCAGCGCCCCUCCACAACCCCAAGUCGUGGACAUGCAAGCUACCGCAGACAAUGCAGCUGAACAAGAGUCAGUACUAAAUGGUGAUGUAGAAAUGAAAGAAGCUCCACAAGAAGAAGUGAAGGCUAAGCCCCAAGUUGAGCAAGUACCUCAGUCUCAAUCACAAGAAAAAGAAACAUCAGAACCUGAGAAAACUAUGGAAACUGGACCUAUCACGACUGAGCAAGCUCCUGUAAAGAGUGAGAGUACUCAAAAGAUGGAAUCUUCUCCAGUAGAGGUAGCUUCUUCCCAAACUCAACCUGAAGGUGAAAAGGCCCAACUGGAACCUAUGAAACCAGAACCACAACCAGAUGUAACAGAUACGCGACCGAUUGACACCAAAACCCCCGAACCAGAAAUGAAGCCUGAAAUUAUAGAAGUUGAAAAGAAAAGUCCUAAAAAGGUCACCAAAGUCAUUAAAAAACGUGACAAAAGCAAAGACAAAACAGAUAAAGAUGCGAAAGAUACGGCCAAUAAAGAAGCUGUAACAGAUAACAAGCAACCAGAUAGCAAUAAGCAGGAGAGCAUAGAUAAAAUUGAAACAAAGGGAAACGGAGAUUGUAUGGAAGUAGAUGGUGGUGCUAGUCAAUAA